AUGGUCAUUGGCUGUUCUGCAUCAAAAAUAUUUGCCUCAUCUCAACAAUCGACACACAAUAAAUCAAAUAAUAGUCCUUUACAUUGGAGUAAAAGUUAUUCUUCUGAAAAAAGUGUGGGCUUGUCGCCUACAAGCGACAGUUUACAUAAAUCUAUUAAAUCAAAUUUUGAAAUUUCUCCUUCAUUAUCCUCUGAAAAUAAAAGCUAUAAAAUGAAACAUCGUAGAAAAAGUUCAGAAAAAAAAGAAGAAAAAAUUAUUACUCGUCAUCUUCUUGUAUGGAUACCAAAAGAUUUGUCAAGUAGUACAAGUAAAAUUGAAAAAUUUUUUAGUAAAUAUGGUAUUGUAGAGGAAGUUAAGAAAUCCGACAAAAAAGGUCAAUAUAUUGUUUCUUUUGAGGAUACAGAAUGUGCAGAAAAAGUAUUUGAAAAACGUAAGUUAAAUUAUAAUGGAGAGGAUAUUGAAGUAGAGUACUGUUAUCCUGACAAAAGUUACACAUCAUCGCCUGCAUUACUGUCAGAAAUCAAUACUAAUGGAAAGGCAAAUGGAUAUGAGGUGUUUGAAAGUAAUAAUGAAAGCAAACAGAACGAUCAUCAUUCAAAAUCACGGGUUCAUAGAUCGACUUCACAUUCUCCUAAAAUUGCAGAAUCUCAUCGUAGUAUCUUAAAAGUUAAAAGUCAUAAUAAGAUGCCUCAUUCAGAAAGUAUUCCUAGUACAUCGAAACUUAUUGGUGAACCAUUAAGUCCAACUCCACCAUUACAAGAUUGUGAAUCAUUUGAUAUUAUAAAAGAAAAAUUAAAUAAGGAUGUAAUAAAACUUUAUGAUGCAACUCCAGUUUUAAAAAAUUAUAAAUAUGCAGAUAUUUUCUGUCAUUCUGCUAGUAGAAUACUUUAUGUCAGUUUUCCACAUUCGACUAUAAUUGACAAUGAAGUUAAAAGACAAUUUUUACAAUUUGGUGCCAUCUUAGAUAUAUCUGUUGUAAAGUUCCCAAAUAAUGCUUAUGCGCUUAUUGAGUAUGAUUCAAUGCGGGCCGUUGCUGAAGUAAUUGAGUUUUUUAAUGAAUAUUUAAACAAAAAACAAAGUGAAAUAUGUAAAAAGUAUGAACCUUUUAAGAUUUCAUUAAGUAAAGCUAAUUGGGGAAGGCACCUUCCUACAAAUAUAUUAUGGCUUGAAUUUUUACCCUCUGGUACUACAUGGAAAUAUUUAUUCUCAAAACUUAAAGAAUCAUUUAAAGAAACACUUAUUGAGGUUCAUUUUCAUGGAAUAAAUAGAGAAGCUGUUGUUGUAUUUGAUAGUGAUGAAAGUGCUACAAAUGCUUUUAAUGCUUUUAAGCAAUGUAAUGUAAUGUUUAAUCCUACUAAUAAGGAAGGUUUUGUAAGAACAGCUUGUGAUUAUUCUUCACCUAAAAACUUAGAACGUUUUAUAUGUUGUGUAAAUAAAUUACAUAAUAUUAUAAAAGAAGAUAAUGAUAUUGUUAUUGGAGAUGAUGAUAAUUUAAUAACAUUUAAUCUUAUACAAGAAACAACACCAAUAACAUCACCAACAGAUUCACAACAACAACAACAACAACAAUUAUUACAACAACAAAAUGUAUCUAUUAAAACAGAAAGUUAUCCAAUAUCAUCAGAAGAUGAGGGAACAGAAAAUAAUGUUAAAAAAGAAUUAAAAUGUGAAAAAUCAUUAUCUGUAUCACCUUGUAUUACAUCAUCACCAUUAUCUUCUAUGGAAGAUUGUGAAUUAAAUAAAAAAGAAAAAUGUAAAAAAAUUUGUUCAACAAAAUCAUCAAAUAAAGAUAAUGAAAAAAAAAAUGAAAAAUCGCAAAAUUUACUUAAAAGAAAAUUAUCUAAAAGUAACAAUGAUGAUAAUGAUUAUAAAGAACAUAAAAAGUCAAUAAAAAAAAGUAAAAUUAUUGGUGGCGCGGUACCAGUUUCUCCUGUUUCUCGAUCAUCAAAAGAUAAUAGUCCAAAAUUAUAUACAUCUGAUAGUGAAGAAUCUGCAAUAUCAAGUAGAAGUAAACAUAGUAUAAGUAGACAUGAAAGAAAAAGUAGAAGUAAAAGAAGAGAACAAAGAAGUAGCUAUGAUAAACAUGUAUCUAAUACAUCUUCAUCAAACCAAUAUUUUGGUGAAAGUAGUAGAACACAUUAUGAAACAAGUAGUAGUAGUAGUAGACGGCGUCGUCAUUAUAAUGAUCAACAUCAUAAUGAUUUUGGAAGAUACAGCAGAGAUUAUGGGAAUUAUAAAAAUUGUAGAGAUGAUUAUCGGUCGUCUUAUGAUAGAAAAGAAAGUAAUGAUCGUUCAAAUUAUAAGGAUGAUCGCAAAUAUAGUAGAGAUGAUAAAAGUGAAAGUCAUGAUAAAGAACAAAAUAAAAGUCAAGAUGAAAAAAAUAAAAAACGUGAUAGGAAAUCUAAAAAAAAUAAAAAACAAAAGCAAAAAGAAAAAGAAAAACAUCAUACUAGAGAUGAUAGUAAAGAAUUACAAGAUCAUAAAAAAAGUCAUGAAUAUACAAGAAGUAGUAGUAAUAAAUUAAAUGAAAAAAAUUUAAAUAAUAAAAAUCAUGAUUCAACAUCAAAUAAUUUAUACGACUCAAUUAAUGAUAAAGUAACAAAAUCUCAUAGUAAUACAUUAAAAGACGACAAACGACUGCCAUUAAAUAAAUCUCAUCAUCAUGAAAAGGAUAAAUGUAAAGAAAAUAUUAAAUCUGAUAAAAUAAAAUUAUCAUUAAAAAAAGGAGGACAAACUUCUAUUAGUGGUGCUGAAGAAAUUUCUGAUACUGAUGAGGAAGAACAAAAUAAUAAAAAUAAUAAAGAAGGAACAUCAAAAUGUGAUGAAAAAAUUGAUAAAAUAUUAAAUGAAGAUGAAAAUAAAAUUGAUAAAGAAACUGAAUUAAAUGAAAAUACAUUAAUUAAUGAGAAUCAAGAUAUUCCAUUACCACCAGAUGGUAGUCCUCCUAUAUCUAAAGAUUCUGAAAAUCAAUCAUCAACACCAACACCAUCAUCUAUAUAUUAUACUGAUGAAGUAGAACCAAUACAUAUACAUCCAUAUACUGCUGAUAGACUUCUUGUUGAUUGUAUGAAUAUAGCUAAUAAUGAAGAAAAAGAAUAUACAAUACCAAAUUUUAUAUCACCAUCAUCAACAAGUGAUAGUAUAAAUGAAUGUCAAUAUAUUAUUGAUGAUGAUAGUAGUAAUAUUGAAUAUAUUCACGAAAUACCAGAACAUGAUGUUAGUGAAGAUUUAAUUAAACAAGAAUAUACUAAAAUUGAUACAUUUGAAUUUGAUGAAACAGAAAUUUUACCACCAGAAGUUGAGAUACAUGAUGAAUUUGGAUAUUUAAUAUAUAAAGGAAAAAAAAUUGAAAGAACUAUAAAUUAUGUUGAAUUACCACCACUUUCACCAGUACCUGAAUAUCAUCCUAGUACAGAAUGUCAAAAAAUAUAUGAAUCAAUAAAAAAUGAAUUAGAAAAUGAAUAUGAAUAUAAAAUAAAUACAUAUGAUGUUAAAUUAAAUAGUAAAGGAAUAAAAAAAGUAGAUAUGAAUCCAAAUUCAAGAUAUAAUGAAGAAGAAGUAUCAGAACUUUUAAGGGGUAGAGAAUCAAAAUAUGAAGGUACUUUAGAUAAUUUAGAUGGUAUUGUAGAAGUAGAAGAAAAUGAAGAAGAAAUAUGUGAAGAAGUUACUGAAGAGAUAGAACAAUUAAAUCCUGAUGGAACAAAAAAAAUGAAAAUGUUACCACGUUUUCAUCCUAUUAAAAAUAAAGCAUUGGCAUUUAAAAUGUAUGGUAAAUUUAUUUCUGAUAGUUCUGCAUAUAGACAAAAAUUCGUUACAUUUAUGAAUACAUUUUCUGAUUUAUUUGAAGGAGAACAUGAUGAUAUUAAUAUACAUGAAGAUGAUAUUUAUAAUGAUUUUUCACCAUCUAUAUAUAGUUUUAGUAAAUUAUAUGAUAUAGAUAGUAUUAUGUUAUCUGAUGAAGAAGAAGAUAAUAAUAUUGAAGAUAAUAAGUCUAUUAAAGAUAAAAUAAUAAUAGAAAAUGAAAUAAAUAUGAUUGAUAAUAAUAAUUAUGAAGAAAAUAAUGAUGAAAAAAUUGAGCAAAAUUUAGAUGUAGAUAUUUUUGAAGAAGAUAUAUAUAGUCAUAUACAAAUGGAAGAAGAAUAUGAUAUUAAUAUAUAUGAAAAUAAAAAAAUAAAUAUUGAUGAUGAUUAUCAGAUAAAUUUACCUAAUAAUGAAAUAUCAGAAAAAGAUCAACAAGAUAUAUAUAAUAAUAUAUUUUCUGGUUAUGAUAUUGAGAAUGAUUCAAAUAAAUUUAAUAAUGAUGAGUUAACAGAUAAUAUUAAUAAUGAUAAUAAUUUAAAAAAAGAAAUAAAUGAAAUUGAUGAAACAGUUAAUUUACCUUUAAUAUCAGAAAUAAAUGAUGAAAUUGAAGAUGAUAAUACCUCAAAUUCUAUAAGUGAUUUUGAUAAAAAACCUAAUUAUAAUAUAGAUACAAUUAAUAUAGAAGAUAUAUAUCAAUCAUUAAUUGAAGAAAAACCUGAAGAAAUAAUAGAUAAAGAAAAAGUUCUACAAAAUAUGUCUGGUAGUAGUAAUGAAAAAUUAACUCUUAUAUAUCCUUAUUAUUUUAAUUCUAAACAGUUAAAUAAUAUAAUUGGUAUAGAAAAUGAGAAAAAUGAAAAAUGUAUAAAUAAAAUAUCAUCAAUUGGUAUAGCAUCAAAUAAUUCAAUGGUAGGAAUUUUAGAAGGUGAUAUAGAAUAUAGAUACAUUGAUGAUACUAAUAGUUUUCGAAAUUUACCUGAAAAUGAAUAUAAAAAAUAUUAUGAUGAUAAUAAUAUUAAUUGUAAUAAUUUAGAAAUGGACGUUGAUAUAAUACAAGAUAAUAUUAGUAGUUGUGGUUAUUUAAAAAAUAUAAAUAAUCAAGAAUUGGAAAAUUAUUUAUCUGGUAAUGAGAAACAUUCUUUAAUCACCAAUCAUGAGAGAUAUUAUUCAAAUAACAUUGAUAAGAGUUAUUCUAAUAGUAAUGGUCAAAGUUUGUCUGAUAUCAUAAUUAAAAGUCAAUCAAUUAAUAAUGAUAAAUAUUAUUCUUAUAGUAGUGAAGAAAAUGGUCAAGAAAUUUGUGAAUAUGAAAAAGAAAAUAGUGAAAAUUAUCAUGAUACAGAACAUUAUCUUCUUACAGAACAUAUUUAUAAAAAUAAUCAAAAAAUGGUAGAUAAACUAAAUAGUAUUAAUAUGAUAGAUGAAAUAGAAUAUGAAGAAAUUGAUGAAGAGUUAGAUGAUGAAGAAAUAAUUAAUAAGGAUGUAGAGGAAUUCUAUGAUUUAACAGAAAAUGAUAAAAGUUUUAACCAAAUAAAUGAAGAAGAUGAAAUAGACAUAUUAGAAGAUGAAAAUAGAAUUGAAAAUAAAAUAAAAAAAGAUAAUGAUAUAAUAGUUGAGGAAUACAACAAUUGUCCAAAUGAACAAUGUAAUAAUAUUGAGGAUAAAGAAAUCAAAGAGGAAUAUGACAAUAAUUAUAUUGAUGAGAAUGAAGAAUGUAUAAAUAAGUUUAAAAAUGUUACCAAUAAUGAAUGUACAGAUGAUGAAGUAAUCACAAAGUGUAUUGAAUUGUCUAAUGAAACAGAAAUAAAUUAUAAUAAUUACUAUGGUAGUGAGGAAGAUCAAGAUACUGAUCAAUAUUCACAAGAAGAAAUAAUUAGUAUUGAUGAUGACAAUAAUAUUUCUUCUGAUGAUUGUUAUGAAAAUAAUUUUUUACCAAAUAUACUUGGUGUUCAUGGACCACCAAAAGUUAUAAUAUCAAAUGUUGAUGUAAAUAUUGGUUUAUCGUUAAAUACAAUAACAGAUGAAUUUGAUGAUUGUAGAGAAUUAGAGGGGAUAGAAGUUGAUACUUCUUUUUCUUUUUCUAAUAAUGAAAAUUAUACUAAUGUUGAUGAUGAGGAUAAUACUAACAGUGAUAAUGAUGAUAUUGGUUGUGAUAAUUUAGAAAAUAUUUUAGAAGUAGAAGAUGAGACAUUACAAAUAGAAGAUAAAGAAGAUGAAAAUGAUAGUAUAGAAGAAUUGGAUGAAAAAAUAGCUUCUAAAAAUAUUGAAGAAAUUAAUGAUGUUAUGGAUGAUAAAAAUUUGAUUUGUUUGUUACAAAAUUCUUUUAAAAGAAAUUAUGAUGGUUUUGAUGAAGAUAUUUUGUAUAAUGAACCUUUAUAUAAGCGUAAAAAAUUAGAAAUUAUCCCUGGUACUUAUAGUGAAUUAGAAAUUGGUGAUGUUACUGAUGAGGAGGGUAAUAAAAAUGAAUCAAUUUUAAUUAAAAAUCAUUUGAUUAUUGAAGAUUGUGAUAGUAAUGAUAAAGAAGAUUAUGAAAAUGAUAGUGUUACUUCUAGUGAAUUACAUACAUCUGAUCUUGAAUAUCUAUCAUCAGAGGAUAGUAUUUUUAAGUUUGAUGAACAAUCUAUUGAAAAUAGUGAUAUUGCAUCUGAUAGUACAACAACAAAUGACAUUUUAUGUGAAACAUCCUCUUACGAUGAUAAUUCAUUAAUCAAUUUGGAUCAUUAUGAUUCUCAAAACAAUUUACAUUCUCCAUCAAUAAAUGAUCCAUCAAUAAACAAUUUAUUAAUUGAUAAUGAAAAUAAUGAAGAAUAUGAUGCAGAAAAUAAUAUGGAGGUUAACAAUAUUAUUUAUGAUUCAAUGUUAUCAAAAGAUUUAAAUAUUAAAAAUGAUAUAAAUGUAUCAGAAAACAAAAUUUAUACUGAAAUACCAUCUUUAGCUAUAUUUACUACAAAAGAUGCUAAUAUUAAUGAUAUGAAAGUGAUACCUAAUGAUAAAAAAUGUAUUAAAAAAUAUUGUAUUAAAACUAAACUACAAGAUGAUGAUGAUAAUUCUUUAAUAAUUGUAUAUGAAAAUUAUGAAAUUUAUAUAGAAAAUUUUAAUCAUUUGGAAGAAUUAAAAAAAUCAGAUUUUGUUGUAGAGGAUAAUGAAGUUAUUAAUGGGAAUGGUUUAAUAAGAUCUAGAAAUGAUGAAGAUUUACCAGAAUAUUUAGCUAGAAAAGAAAGGGCAGUUGUAUAUAAUAGUACUAUUAAUAAUACUUCAACUUUAUUAACUUUAAAUGAUAAUAAUGAUAAAGAUGAUAAUAAUAUUAUAAAUUCAAAAGAAGAUACUUUAAAUAAUGAGGCUGAGAAAAAUGAAAUAAAAGAAAAAAGUAAUACUAUUGAUAAUACUAAUUUAAUAGAUAAAGAAAAUAGUAAUACAUAUAUUCCUGUAUCAAAAAAAGAAAGUAAUUUAGAACAAAUGUUAAUUGAUGAAGCUCCUGAUAAGGAAGCAAUUGAAGCGUUAAAUUCCUUAAAUUAUUUAGAUGAACGAGAAGUGAUUGAUGAAACUAUUGAUGACGAUACAAGUUUUCUAUUAGAUGAUAUAGAGAAUCCCUCAGAUUUUAGUGACUCAUUAAGAAAUGAAUUAGUAGAAGAUAAAGUAGAAAAAAUACAUUGUAAUGAUUUAUCAAAUUUACAAAAGAAAAUAAAAGUAGAAUGUAUUGAGGAUAAUAUAGAUAAAAAUACAUUAAUAAAUGGAUAUAUUGAUAAAGAAAAAAUUACUUUAUUACAAACAAAUGAAAUUGAUAACACGAUUAAGGAACCGGAAAUAGAUGUUGAAGAAAUUAUAAUUAAGGAAGAAUAUAUUCAGGAAGAAAGAAACAAUGAUAUGGUUAUUGUUGUUGAUGAAAGAAUAAAAGAAAAUGAAAAAGAAAAUAUGUUAAAAAAAUUCGAUGACAGGAAUGAAAGUGAGACAAAUGAAGAUGAAGAGAAUGAAUUGGUUGAAGAUACAUUUACCAUGAAAACAGAUAUUCAUAAUUCACCACUAAUACAACCAUUGGCUAAUAAUAUAACAGAAAAUGUUUUAUCAUUAUCAUUAAAAAAUAUGAUACCAGAAAAUGAAGAGAAUAUUGUUGAAUAUAAUAUGGAAAAUAAUGAAAAUUCUGAAAAGGAUGAAUGUAAUGGGAAAGAAAAUAUUAUCAUACAACAAAAUGGUUAUACAUCAUUACCAUUAUCAAAUAAGGCAAAUAAUUAUAAAUUAUAUGUAAAUACAUUUGGUAUAACUUUUGUAAAUGGAACCGUUCUUUUUGAAUUAGCUAAUGCUAAUUGUUUAACGUCAUGUCCUAGAAUAUGUUUACAGUUAAAAAAAUGGCUCUGUAAACUUAAUUUAUUUUAUAUAUCUGGUAUGAAAGAAAUAUUAAAUGAUUUUAUUGUAACUCAUACACAUCCAAAUAGAUUAAAUCCAAAAAAUAGAAAUAUUAUAAUAAGCAAGAAAAUUGUUUCAAAAGAAUAUUAUGAAAAUAUUAUGGAAAAUUUAUCUAACUCUUCUCCUUAUGUUUUAAAUCUUAUUUGUGGAGCAUCUGGCUAUAACAAAGAAGAUUAUGAACUUGAGGAGAUAAGACUUAAUCAAAUACUUAAAUAUUGUAAAACAAAUGGAUUAUAUUCUGGACUUUUAUGUCAAAAUGGUGUUUCUGAUUAUGUAGCAUUCUUCAUUCCAUCAUGUCAAAUUUUAGAUGAUCAAUUUAAAUCAGCUCAACCACAAGCAUUUUGGAAAGUAAAAACAGGCAGUAUGAGUUAUUUUUAUAUAUCAAUUGCUCCCGCAAAUUUGUUUAGAUCAGGUUCUUCGUAA